AUGGAUUCCAAUUGGAGAUUUGCACAGUGCUUUGGGGAUAAGGGAGACGUGGAGGAAGUUACAGAGGCAGAUAUAAUAUCCACAGUGGAAUUCGACCAGACAGGCGACUACCUCGCAACGGGCGACAAGGGUGGCCGCGUUGUUCUCUUUGAAAGGAAUGAAUCUAAAAAAGGCUGCGAGUACAAAUUUCAUACUGAAUUUCAAUCCCACGAACCAGAAUUUGAUUAUUUGAAGUCUUUGGAGAUUGAGGAGAAGAUUAACAAGAUUAACUGGUGCAAGAGGCAGAAUAAUAGCCACUUCCUCUUAUCCACAAAUGACAAAACUAUCAAGCUUUGGAAGGUAUUUGAAAAAUCACUCAAGGUUGUCUCAGAGAACAACCUCAGCGCCAGUCACCCUUCCCCACCCUCGUCUCUCAAUCUCCCAAAGAUCACGCAGCCUCCUCAUCCAUCCACCACCAAGUCCCUCAGGCUACCGAGAAUGUCUCAUCAUGACACCAUCGUCGCUGCUGUUCCCCGCAAAGUCUACGCUAAUGCACACGCUUAUCAUAUAAACUCUAUCGCAAUAAACAGUGACGGGGAAUCUUACUUAUCCGCCGACGACCUCAGAAUCAACCUAUGGAACUUGGGUAUCUCUGAUCAGUCUUUUAACAUAGUCGACAUCAAACCAAACAGCAUGGAAGAUUUAACUGAGGUUAUAACUGCUGCUGACUUCCACCCGAUCCACUGCAAUCUCUUCAUGUACUCUUCUAGCAAGGGUACUAUCAAAUUGGCCGACAUGAGAGAUCAGGCUUUGUGCGACCGACAUGCAAAGUUGUAUGAGGAGGAAGAGGAUCCUUCAAACAAAUCCUUCUUCUCAGAAAUAAUCUCUUCCAUAUCUGAUGUCAAGUUUUCUAAAGAUGGCAGGUAUAUUCUCUCUAGGGAUUACCUUACACUAAAAAUAUGGGAUCUCAAAAUGGAUAACAAGCCAGUCAAAACAAUCAAUAUCCACGACCAUCUCCGCACAAAGUUAUGUGAACUUUACGAAAAUGAUUGCAUCUUCGACAAGUUUGAGUGUACAUUCUCAGGCGACGGUAAUCAAGUUAUGACAGGCUCUUACGACAACUACUUCCACAUCUAUAACAGCGAUCCUGACAACACCAACGACGUAGUCUUACAAGCAGACAAGUCUGCAUUCAAGGCAAAGAAAAUAGGCGCAAAGUCGUUUAAUAAGAAGGAUGAUAUCAAUCUCGACAACAUCGAUUUCAACAAGAAGAUUCUACACGGUUCUUGGCAUCCACAUGAAGAUACUAUCGCAAUCGGCGCAACUAACAACCUAUUCCUAUUCUCUCGAUUGUCUAGUUAG